CGGCAGCGCUGUCUCUCUCAUCCAGUGGACUCGGGCGGUGGCAGAACUUCCUAGACAGACAGCUACAUAUUCUCGGACUUGCUCGUCGGUUCCUCGCGGUUAGACAGGCGGAGUGUGACUGAUCAGAGACAUCCGCGUUUCUUUGCAGUUGUUCUGUGAGAAAACUUAUUCAUAAUGCCAAUUGAACUCAAGACCCAAGACACCCUGGAAUAUGUUUUCCACCCCGUACCUAGCAGGACACUCAGGUUCAAGGUCAGAGCAGCCAACGAUGCCCAUGUCAUGCUGUCUGCCACAGCCAACCCUGAGGGCUCAGAUCCUGUCCUUGAGGUGUUCAUCGGCGGUUGGUCCAACCAGAAGUCCGCUAUCCGGAGAGACAGGGCGACUCCAGACAAGGCGAACGUCGAGACGCCUGAUAUCCUCAGCAAUGAUGAACUGCGAGGUUUCUGGAUCAACUAUCUUGGUGGUGCGAUAGCUGUUGGCAAAGAGAGCGAGGUUGAACCUUUUCUCACGUGGACUGAUCCAUCUCCUAUCAAUGUAGCAUUCUUUGGCGUCUCCACUGGCUAUGGUGCUUCAGGGGAAUGGGUCAUUGAUGGUCAGACGAUGGUGACUCACGACACGCUGGAGUACACGUACCGACCCAUUCCCAGGUACUCGCUGGACAUACAUGUACGUGCUGCACACAACGCACACAUCGCUCUCACGAGUGCACCCAAGGAGACAUCCCCCAUGUAUGAGAUCUUUCUCGGAGGCUGGGAGAACUCUGGCUCUGCCAUCCGUUACAACCGACAACAGCCUGAUAAGGUGCGAGUUCCUACCCCUGGACUUUUGACAACCGGAGAUCACAAACACUUCCGGAUCAGCUGGCAUAGCGGGUUAGUACGAGUGGAGACAGAGGGGCGAACUUUGAUGGAGUGGCAGGACCCUGCACCGUUCGGCGUGAGUCAUUUCGGCCUUCGUACGGCCUGGGGAGCCACAGGACUGUGGAGUGUCACCCCUGUCAACGAUGUGGACGGCAUAGGAGAUCAGAUGUGGGACGAGAACUAUGAUAUCGACCCGCUGCGCAACAUUGUAGAUACGCCGGACGUGCCGUCUGCUAGCGGUGAGGUGGCGUGGGUGCCGAGCGAGGGUGGUGUUAUCCCGCCCAACGCCGUGCUGGGAGGGUUUGACAAUGAGAACCUGUAUGUGGGACGAGCCCAACACGAGGGUGGGGUGAUACCCGGCAAGGUGCUCAGCUCUCAUGGAGUCUGCUACGUGGCCUGGGGUGGUGCUGAACACGGCAAACAGGACUAUGAGGUAUUGACAGGCAGUAACUUGCAAUGGGUACCAUCUGUGGAGGGCCAGGUGCCACCCAAUGCCGUUGUAGGAGGUACUAGUGAAACCGGUGAGACUUUGUUCAUCGGCCGAGCACAACAUGAGGGAUCCACCACCAUUGGCAAGAUUCAGCCAAGCCAUGCGGUCUGCUACAUUCCCUAUGGAGGCCAAGAGUUGGGAUACCCGGAGUAUGAAGUACUGGUCCAGCAGUAACAGAACUAUCCCCAUCUCUCCAUCCUAGAUCUGAUCCCGCCACCGUUUGCGGGAACUGCCUUGCUGCUCUUGUUUAUAAUUUUCUGUUAUACAAUUUUUUAGAUUUCUACUCAGAAAGCUUAACAGCAAUUAAUAUUGAUAUGUAACAUAUUGAUAAUAAAAGGAUAUUUAUUUACUAGA